AUGCCUUUCAAUGAUCUCAGGAGUCAACUAGGCGAUUCCUUUGAAACUGCCAAGCAAAGAUUCAACAAGCUUAUGAUGAGUUUUUCUAGAAAUCCUGCCAAGCGGGAACAAUAUGAGAAUUUCAUGAACGAAUAUCUGGCCCUCGGCCACAUGAAGGAAGUUAAUGACAGUCCCAAGGAAUGUUACUUCCUACCGCACCAUGCGGUCUUUAAAGAAUCAAGUUCCACCACGAAGAUUCGAGUCGUGUUCGACGCUUCGGCGGCGUCGUCAACAGGCAUUUCGCUGAAUGACACCCAAUUGGUCGGCCCAACGGUGCAAAGUGAUUUAGUCACUAUCAUUUUAAGAUUCUGCAUUCAUCAGGUGGUUUUAACAGCCGAUAUUCCCAAGAUGUACCGUCAAGUUCAGAUCCAUGAAGACGAUAGACGAUUUCAGCGUAUCUUAUGGCUCAACAAGAAGGGUGAAAUGUCUACUUUCGAAUUAUCGACGGUCACAUAUGGUUGCUCAAGUGCGCCCUAUUUGGCAACACGCUCGCUAAUCCAGUUGGCAUCUGAUGAAUCUGAAACAUUCCCGCUCGCGGCGGAAGUAAUUAAAAAAGAUAGCUACAUCGAUGAUUUCAUUACGGGUGGCAAAACGAUUGCUGACGUAAUUGAAAUAUACAAGCAGCUCAACGGAAUUCUCGAAAAAGGUGGUUUUGGUGUCCACAAGUUCUGCUCUAACAGCAAGGAAGUUUUGAAAAUAAUUCCCGCAGAACUUCAAGAAAAGCAGAUGGAUUUUGAAGGAUCGGACAUCAACAACACAAUCAAGACGCUUGGACUGAUAUGGAAUCCGAGUGAAGACUACUUCGUGUUCAACGUACCACCGCUAGACAGCAGCAUCAAACCGACGAAGCGCAUAGUUUUGGCUGAAAUUGGACGUCUCUUCGACCCACUGGGAUUUUUGGGUCCAGUGGUGACUUUGGCGAAACUUACUAUGCAAGAACUAUGGCGAUUGAAAAUGGAUUGGGAAGAUGAACUUCCACUAGAGCAACUGGAAAUAUGGAAAUCGUUCCGGCAACAAUUGUGUUCAGUGAAGAAUAUUCGGAAGCAACGAUGUGUUAUUCCUGGAAAAGUGAAAAGUGUUGAACUACACGGGUAUUGUGACGCCUCUAAGGUUGCUUACGGUGUUUGCCUGUAUGUUCGAAGUUUAGCUGAAAAUGAAGAAAUCGAAGUACGUUUGAUCUGCAGUAAAUCCCGUGUCGCACCACUCAAGCCUAUGACCAUCCCUCGACUGGAACUCUGCGGAGCCCUCUUGUUGGCUCAACUUACAAAGAAGGUGAAAGAAGCUCUCAACAUUAAAUUCGACAGUGUUACGCUUUGGUCAGACUCACAAAUCGUUCUGAGUUGGCUGAAGAAAAGUCCAUUAACGUUAAAUGAAUUUGUAUGCAAUCGAGUGGCUACUAUCGUAGAGUUUACUCACGACUACGAAUGGAAAUAUGUACGAUCCCAAUACAAUCCAGCGGAUUCUUUGUCCCGUGGAGAGCUUCCAGAGCAACUUUUGGAGAACGAGCAGUGGUGGACAGGCCCAGUCGCACUACACAAAAUGGAAUCGAUUGAAGAAGCGAGAUUUGAGAUUCUUGCAAUCGAAAGUCUGCCCGAAAUACGGAAGGUGAAGCACACGCUGAUAAUGGCUCCAAAGCAACAACCAUUUGAUUUGUCACGUCUAAGCAACUUCAACCGAUUAAACCGAGCAUGGGGAUACGUGUUAAGGUUCAUUGCCAACAAAUGUACCAAGACGAGGAAUUAUGAGCCACUUACAGCAGAAGAGCUUUCCAGAGCAUCCCGCAUAAUUUGCAGAUUAGUUCAGAACCAAGCAUUCGGCGAUCUUCAAAAAGAAUUGUCAUCAGGUUCUAUGAAACGAAACAAUUACUCAAGUUUGGCACCAUUUAUCGACGAAGACGGAUUGAUUCGAGUUGGAGGUAGAUUGAAAUAUUCUGACAUUCCUUAUGACGGUAAGCAUCAAAUCCUUAUGCCAGAAAAGCAUCUUAUAACGGAAAUGAUAGUUCGUCAUUUGCACGAGAAGUACUUCCAUGUCGGGCACAGUGGCCUGCUCUCGUUCGUGCGCCAGUCUUUCUGGCCAAUCAAAGCUAAGUCAGUUAUCAAGAAAGUCAUUGGAAGAUGCUAUCGCUGUUUUAAAUGUAAACCUCCACAACUGCAGCAAUACAUGGGAAAUUUACCAAGCUAUCGUGUCACGCCAGCCCCACCUUUCAGCCGUACAGGUGUCGACUUUGCUGGUCCGUUUGUUCUCAGGGAAGGAGGACGAAAGCCGAAGUACUACAACUCCUACGUCGCAGUAUUCGUAUGCAUGACAACCAAGGCACUGCACUUCGAGCUCGUGACAGAUAUGCGGACGGAAACUUUUAUCGCUGCGCUUCAACGUUUUAAUGGUCGUCGUGGUUUUCCGUGUGAUAUGUACUCGGAUAACGGAACAACGUUUGUGGGAGCGAACCACGAACUUGCAGCCUUGCGAAAAUUAUUUGAAGAUCAACUCCACCAAAGAAAAUUGAAGGACUACUGUAGUUCUGAAGGCGUAAAAUGGCAUUUUAUUCCGCCAAGAAGUCCUCACUUUGGAGGCAUCUGGGAGGCUGGAGUAAAAUCGAUGAAAUAUCUAAUGAAACGUGUUGUUGGCGAAACGCGUUUAACCUACGAAGAAUUGUAUACAUUCUUGGUCCAAGCAGAGGCAAUCCUCAAUUCACGUCCGUUAUCACCGUAUUCGGAUAAUCCUAACGAUUUUUGCGCUUUGACUCCAUCACAUUUUUUGACUGGACGAUCCUCAAAGGCAUUACCGGAACCAAGUUACGACGAUCUCAAGGUUGGAAGACUAUCGAGGUGGCAGCACAUUCAAAUGAUGCGAGAUCAUUUUUGGAAAAAGUGGUCAGCCGACUACUUACAUACGCACCAGACACGUCAGAAAUGGAAGGGCCGUGUGUUGAAAAUCCAUGAAGGCGCAUUGGUUCUUCUACGAGACGAGAAUAUCCCAUCACAACAAUGGAAAUUAGGUCGAAUCAUCUCAACGCAUCCUGGCAAGGACGGCAUCGUCAGGGUGGUAACAGUUCGUACAGCCAAAGGUGAAUACCAGCGUGCUGUAACCAAGGUUUGCCUGCUUCCUGAUGUUGACUCUGACGACUCAACGGGGGGAGUAUGA